GACAUUCAAACUGUCAAAAAUAUUUUAUAACCUCAAAGUUCCAUUGAGUUUUCUGUAUUUAUUUGAUAAAUUCAAUAAUUUAUUAAACCUACCAACUUUGAUUCGUACAAAAUGAGGUGGAGUCCGUCGCUGUUUUCAGCAGCGAACCAGCGAUCUGCGAGGCGACCCCAAGUGGAGCCAGUGCCCUUUCAAAUGCUUCUACCUUUGAAGUUGAAGAAGACUGUAUCUGGUAAAAACGACCGUCAAAGAGAAGCGGCCUGUAUGCAGGAGAUGGCUGUGAUGUUCGCUUGCUUUAAGAAGAGUGAAUUCGACCAACAGCAGUGUUUAAAGGAGGUCGCGGCGUUUCAAGGAUGCUACAAGGAAUACAAAGAAAAGGCUUCCAGUCUUCGUCAGCAAGAGAGGCAAGGUAUCCUAGUGCCGGGAGAGAAGAAACUAACGCACAGACAAAUGAAUCAACUACUCAAAGCUUUUCCUCCACAGUCAUAGGGAUUCAAUUGUGUAAAUUAGAUUUUAGAAACAUAAUUAUUUUAGAUGUAAAUAAAACUUGAGAUAAUUCUUAA